AUGGCUGAUUUUGAAUUCAUUAGUUCACGAGAGGGCUCUCCUCAGCAGCAGCCUGUCCUUGUGAAGCAUGAAACAUUGGAAUGUGAUGAUAAACUAAUAGAGGAGAUGUGUCACAACAUGGAAGAGCCAGAGCAACCAUCAUUGGAUAGUCACUCAGGACAAUAUUUACAAGGAAACAUCAUCUGCCCUUUGUCUUCACUUACUUUAUCAAAUGAAUGCCAUGACGCUAUGAGGAAAGUGAUGUUUGUAUCUGAAACAACUAAGCGACACGGUAAAAGAUUUUCAGUUGUGGGUGGACUGCAGAAGUGCACAAGAACUUGUACCAGAUUCAUGGAUAGAAGUUGUCUACCUAGACGCAUAAGAAUUCAGGGAGAAGUGAUGCCACAUUGGUGUUCUGAUUGCUGGAAACGGUUUUCAAGCAUUAGCAGUUUUAACAGACACAGGAGAAUUCAUGCUGGGGAGAAGCCGUAUUGCUGUUCCGAAUGUGGAAAGUCAUUCUCGUGUGUGAGUAAUCUUCAGACACACAUGAGGAUUCACACUGGAGAAAAACCGCAUGGCUGUGCUGAGUGUGGCAAGCGAUUCUCGCAAAUAAGCAGUCUUCAGACUCAUAAGAGGAUUCACACAGGAGAGAAGCCGCACUCUUGCUUUGAAUGUGGCAAACGAUUUUCACAACUCAGCCAUCUUCAGACACACUCGAGAAUUCACACUGGAGAGAAGCAGCACGGUUGCACUGAAUGUGGCAAACGAUUCUCGUGUGUAAGCAAUCUUCAGACACAUAUGCGGAUUCACACUGGAGAGAAACCGCAUGUCUGCAUUGAGUGUGAUAAGAGAUUCUCACAGAUAAGCAGCCUUCAGACGCAUAAGAGGAUCCACACAGGAGAGAAACCACAUUGCUGUAUCGAAUGUGGAAAAAGAUUCACAUGCUUGAGCAGUUUUCAGAGACAUAUGAGGAUUCAUACUGGAGAGAAGCCACAUGGCUGCCCUGAGUGUGGCAAAAGAUUCUCACAGAUAUGCAGUCUUCAGAGUCACCAGAGAAUUCACACCGGAGAGAAACCUCAUUGCUGUUCUGAAUGUGGCAAACUAUUCUCGCGACUUGACUACCUUCAGACACACGUCAGAAUUCACACAGGAGAGAGACCACAUUGUUGUUCAGAAUGUGGACAGUGUUUCUCAAAAAUCAGCAAUCUCCAAAGACACAUGCGAAUUCACACCGGAGAGAAACCGCAUUGCUGUUGUGAAUGUGGGAAGCUGUUUUCACGCAAAAGUGGCCUUCAGAGACACACAAGGCUUCAUGCUGGGAAUGGUGAAAUAUCAAGAAAUGCAAUCCGAGAUAUAAAUCAAAUCAACUGAAAUUCUUUUAUUGCUUCGUUUAUCUAUUGGAAUUGUCAGACCCAACUUAUCCUGCUACUUACA